GGGCGUGUCUUCAGGUCGGUCCGCGUGCGGUUACCUGAGAGACGCGCGAGUUUUUGCGCGGCCGCGGAGGCGAGCUCGGCCUCCGAGGAGAACCUGGAGUCGGUCUGCGGCCCGGGUGGCGCCAUGGAGGUGGUGGAGGCCGCCGCGCAGCUGCAGACGCUCAAGUUCGGCAGCUCCGGCCAGGGGUCGACCGCAUCGCCGCCACCUGAGGAGCGCCGGGACACGGAGCAGGCGGAGCGGGCCCCGCCGGCUGGGGAGCAGCUGCCGCCAGCCCCGAGCUCGAAAGCCGGCGGAAGCCCACCGCCGCCGAGCUCGGAGGCCUGCGUCACCGGCCCGGACGCCGCGGAGCCGCCGCCAGUGCUGCAGGCCUCGGACUCCUCGGACUCGGAUUCGGACAGUGAAACAGAUUCAGAUAGCUCAAGCUCCUCCUCUUCUUCGUCUUCUUCUUCAUCUUCCUCCUGUGUGUCACUUCCUCCUGUGUUGUCAGAUGGAGACGAGGAUGUCCAAGUUGAGAAAGAAAAUAAGAAUUUUCCUCUUAAGACAAAAGAUGAAUUGCUUCUUAAUGAACUACCUUCUGUUGAAGAACUCACUGUAAUUCUGCCUGACGACAUUGCACUAAAGCCGCUUGGGAAGGUUUCAAGCAUUGUUGAACAAUUAGUUAUAAUUGAGUCUAUGACUAACAUAUCUCCAGUUAAUGAGGAUACUGUCAUUUUCAAAAGUGAUCGACAAGCAGCAGGAAAGAUAUUUGAGAUAUUUGGACCUGUUGCCCAUCCAUUUUAUGUGUUACGGUUUAAUUCUUCAGAUCACAUUGAGAGUAAAGGUAUCAAAAUAAAGGAUACUAUGUAUUUUGCUCCAUCAAUGAAAGACUUCACUCAAUAUAUAUUCACAGAAAAACUCAAACAGGACAGAGGAUCGGAUGCUUCUUGGAAGAAUGAUCAGGAACCACCUCCAGAAGCCUUGGAUUUCAGUGAUGAUGAGAAAGAAAAAGAAGCCAAACAGAGGAAAAAAUCUCAGAUUCAAGGCCGCAAAAAACUCAAAUCUGAAUUGAAUGAGUCAGGUGAAGAUUUUGGUGAAGUGCAUCAGAAUUGGAAUGCUUAUAGCUCUUCAGAACAUUCAAAAGGAUAUCACAACAGGGAAUUCACAAGAGGCUUUCCGAGGGGUAGAUAUUCUCAAGGAAGCCAUGGCAGACCUCCACCUCAGCAGUACUAUAACUCAGAUCAUAUGGCAUCUCAAGAGAGUUUGGGAUUUCCACCUCAGAGACAAGAUAAUCCUGUCAUGCCCCACUAUCCAUUUCCCCCGCCCAUGUUUGAUAUGCAUAGCUUUCCACUCCCACCCCCACCUCCGCCCCCACCAACUGUAAGCAUGGGGUGGGCUGCACCUAGCAUGGCCUCUCAUCCUGUGAUUAACUUACCAUACUCCCUGCCCCCACCACCCCUUCCUCCACCACCUCCCCCUCCCUCUCCUGGGGAAAGUAACUCUUCUCAUUUUGGACCUUACUAUUAGUUGUAUGCUUGUAUUUCAGAGAAAUAUGGUAAAAAAAUUUUUUAACGUAUGUUAUGGAACUAGAUUAUUUUUAAAAAAACAUUGUAAAAUUCUAAAUCAAAUGACUCAGUUGUGAGUUCAUAUAUAUUUGUAAUCUUUGUGAAAUGGUAUUCAUAGGGACACUUCAUCUCAUUCUUAGGAAACUUCAGGUCAUGUAAUAUUUAAGUGAAAUAUUGCCUCAUGUCCUCCACUACCCACAGCCUGUAAACAAGAUGAAUAGUGUCGGUUAUGACGCAGGGUUCAUCACAGCCUCUAAUACAGUGAACACUGAUGGAAAAGUUGACACUUUUGGAAUUGAUUAUAAUUGCAGGAAUUCUUUAAACUUAAUUUCCUUAAGCAAGUUAGGAGUGUGAAGGACAAAGACAUUAUUGGCUGAAGCUCUCGCGAGCUGGUUAGUAUUAACUAUGUAUUGACAGACGUGUGUUGUCUAUGUAGCUGUCUGUUAUUUAGAAAGCUUUACUGUUCUGCUGCUUACAUUAAGGCAUGUGUUGGUGUAUAUGUAUAUUCUGUGUCUGUUCCCAGGCUCUGCAGUAUCUGACAUUGGUGGCAUGUGUAAUAAAGGCAUAUUGAAUGAC